AUGGUUAAAAAAAUGAAAAUGAAACACCCUAUUCAAAUGAAAAUACUUACCACGAUACUAAAAGCAUUGGAGAAGAAAGAAAAUGUAUUGAUAGAUUCGCCGACGGGAUCGGGCAAGUCAUUAGCCUUUAUCAAUGCAGCGAGGUGCUGGAUUUCGAAGAAUCCGACCACUAGCGUCGUGUAUUUCUGUUCUCGGACUCACGAGCAACUCGAUCAAAUUACAAACACCGUUCGACAGGUGGAUUCUACGAUUAACACUACAAGGCUCAUGGGCAAGGAAAAGUUAUGUCUUUACAAGAAUCCUCAUGGAAUGGGUAACAUGGCAUGCGUCUGUAAUACCGUGAAAAAGAAAUCUUGUAUGUAUUUUGCGAAUAUUGGUAAAGUAGAGCACCCGAAAUCUGCGUCCUCAAUCAUCGAUAUGGAAGAUUUAGUAAAUCAAUGUUCUACUUUAAAGAUUUGUCCUUAUUAUACUAACGUAAAUUAUACGAAGAAGGCUCGUAUACUUUUGAACAUUGACAACAUUGAAAAUGUUUGUCGCGAGAGUUUUUCUUUCGAAGCUUCGUGUAGUAGGAUGGAAAAUUUCAAACAUAGCGUGCAACCUGGCUCUGCCAUAUACAUUAUGUUUGUUAAUUUGCUCAAAAUGAUAAAGCAAAUUAAAUUGCGCUCACAAAGAGACAGAGAUUACGUUAUGACAGGAACUGAAUAUUUGGAACUACUUCGUAAGUACAUAACCGUAGAUGUCAUACCUCCGGCAAAGGACGAAAAAAUUAUUCGCUUCAUGGACAAAUUUACGGCAAACAUUAAUCUCAUAACAGAGUAUGAUUCCGAAGGAUUUAGGGUCGUAGUCUCUGGUGACAAAUUUAGAGUCAUUUGCCUCGAUUCUCGUUAUGCAAUGGAAUCUGUUGCAAAGAACACUCGCACUAUAGUUUUGGCUUCGGGUACUCUAUCUCCCACGACUUCGUACGAGACGGAGCUUGGUUUAAAAUUUAAACAUAAAAUAAUUGGAAAUCACGUCGUUCCACCAGAAAAUGUGCUCAUAAAACGAAUUUCACAUUCACUGAACGAUAAAAGGUCUUUGAGGCUUACCUAUAAUGCAUACAACGACAUUCGCAUAGUUUCCGAAAUUGGAGAAUUGUUAACUAGUGUGUGUCAAACUAUGAAACUUGGCGAAGUUGGCGCUUGUGGUGGUGGAGUUCUCUGUUUUUUUCCGUCUUAUCAAGCAAUGUCGAAAUGUAUCGAAAUUUGGAAGACGGCGAUGGACGACGUUUGGAAGUCUCUCAUGCGAGAGACGAACGGUUGCAUCUACGUCGAAGACCCGCUGCGCAACACCAUCAAUGGCUACAUCGAAUCCAUCGCCUGCGGUGAAGCGUCUCUAAUGUGUGCUGUGCAUCGCGGACGCAUAAGUGAAGGAAUCGAUUUUAGCGACAACUUAGCCCGUGCCGUGAUCUCUAUAGGCAUUCCGUUUCCAUCGACGCAACAGGAGGACGUGCAUUUAAAGAUGAAGUUCAACGACGCUCGACAACCACAACUUCUCGACGGACGGCAUUGGUACCAGAUACAAGCCAUGCGUGCAGUCAACCAAGCAGUGGGUCGUUGUAUUCGUCAUUCUAAAGAGUGGGGCCUCAUACUCCUCGUGGAUCAUCGUUUCUUCCAGAAUGAAAUUUGGAUGGGGAUGUCCGACUGGAUCAAGUGCAUUGAGAAGCAGCAAUCAAUUCACCAGCGCAACAGCACAGCCAUCGUGGAGGACUUAUCUAAUUUUUUCAAAAAUAAAUAA